CACAAUUAUCUUUUGCUUCACGAAUCAUCAUGAAGCUUUAUUCUAAACCCGUUGUUAUUACCUGCAAACUAAUGAUUUGUUUAAAAAUAAACUAUAUGAUGCACUAUGAACUAUUUUUCUCCGCUAUACUAGUAGCAGUUUAUUGUGCACCGUUACCAAAGGAUAGUGACUCUACAAUAUUAAGCUACAACCACACAAACGACGGAAAAGGCGAUUACAAUUACAGAUUUGGAACAUCAAACGGAAUAAUAAGAGAGGAAUCAGGUACACUAGUCGACGUGGGUUUGCCAAAAGGCUCAUAUUCAUACAUAAAUUCUGAUAGAGUUUCGGUAACUGUGUACUAUGAUGCUGAUGACAAGGGAUAUAGGAUUAUAAAACCACCGUCUGUCGCAAUCUCUGUCUACUCGGACUCGGUGUCUCCAGCUGUCCUAACAACGCUUCUGAGGAAAUAAAGAAAGUUCUUCUUUUGUCGGCAGUUCAAUGACCUAAGCGUGCACGUCUUUCAUUUUAUUAGUUAGUACGCUAAUUUGGCAAAUACUUGUCGGUCAAAGGCGUCGAUAAGGCAAAUAUUUGUGU